UCUGAUGCCCUGCAGAAGUUUAGAGAGGAAUUGUCCAGCUUCCUGUCUGAUCUGGACAGUGCCGAACCUGUCGAAUUGGAUAGUGAGAAGGCAGGGGUGGACGAUGAGGAGGAGGCGUUGGCGGAUGUUUCGCGCUUAUUGGAGGAGGGAGAGGAGGGUGCCCCAGACGCGCAGAUCGAGGACGACGGCGACGAAUUGUCGCACCGGUCACCUGUACUAGCACGUCGAGCCAGAACCGAGUCCUCCGCCGUCAACGGUGUGCCCUUCAAUCUGGAGGAGCAGUUGCGUCUCCUGGCUGUGCAUGACUGUCCACACUGCGAGUGUUGUUCGGGCUCCCUAUUGGUUGUUUGA